GUCUCAAUGAAAAGAUGGCAGUGAAACUAUUGGGAUUCCUGGCUAGAUCUUCAUAUACAAUAAGCCAGUGCCGAUACUUUCCUACAUAUGGAUAUUUAGCAUCAAGCAGCAACUUGCUAUCAGUAAAUCGAUAUCUCAGGCUAUGCAUCCCAGAGGCAACUUCUUCUAAUUUUACUAGCAAUUGCACGGACAAUUCAAAAUGGUUCAGUCCAAAAAUUACUAUUGGUGCUCUGGCAAAAAUUACCAAUUACUUGACUCAUCCUCUUAAAGCUUCAAUUUUUAAGCAGAAAUUAAAACAUAUAAGAAUACUUACUGGAAUACCAAACAGACAUUAUUCAGUUUUAUCGCCUAGUAAACUUCAACCAAAUCAAGAUAUUGUACCAGUUAAGCGUCUACCAAAAACAUCAAGGACCAAGCAGCCAUCAAGAAUUAACCUGCCACUACCAUCUGAAGCUAAGGAUGUGAUGCAAUGUAUAGCCUUUGCAACAGCAGAUGCCUAUCAUCUUGGUAAUCUAUGCCUUGACCUGAUCUCAUCUGGAUAUGUUGAAAUCACAUUACCUAGAGAUGCAGCAAAUGUUUUGGUGGUUGGCACAGAAAAGACAGCCAAAGAUCAUGAUUUGGGGAUCAUAUUUUUCUUCAAGGAAGGGUCUGUUGUGUUUUGGAAUAUUGAAGAAAAAACAGUAAGUGGAAGGCAGGUUUCUGGAG